AUGUAUUUGACUGCAGCAAUGCUUAUAAAAUACAAUGCUUUUUUGUUAGUUAAACCAUCAAUCGAAUACUUGUACACGGUUAAUGGUGCAGGAAGGCGUUUCAUAGUUUGCUUGAAAAACAAAACUUGCAGUUGUCGGAUGUUUCAAUUGGAUGAGAUGCUAUGCCCGCAUGCAUGGGCUGUCAUUAAGAAAAAAAAUCUCACAGCUGAUGAUUAUUGCUCAGAAUUGUUCAAACCGCAGACCGUGGUGAAGACAUAUGACGUAGCCGUGGAUUCUCUCCCUGACGAGCAUGAAUGGAAGGUUCCUACAUACAUCUCGAAGGAUGUAGUUUUACCAACAAGAUACAAGAGACCUCCUGGUAGGCCAAAGAAGAAGCGUGAUAAGCCGUUAGCUUCUUGGUAA